AUGGAGUCAAGUGCAGAGGCCACGCCUACACCAACUGCCGCAGCAGCGGCGCCUUCGCUCAAUACUGCGCCAGUUGCGGUCUUCUGGCUUGCCUGGGGUGGGUUUUGGACAGUGCUUUUGCUCUGUGGUAUGGCAUUUCUCUUUGUCAACCGCAAAAUGCCUUUUCUGAGGAUCCGCGGUCUGGCUUUGUCGUUUGGCGCUGUCACUAUGCUCCACCUCUACUGGCUUUCGGUGCAGAUCGGGCUUGCCAUCGGCCAGUUCGUUCCCGAUGGCGCCGAGUUUUGGGUGAUGGGCCUCUACCUCCCCUUCGGCAUUGCUCUUUUCCACGCUUCCAACAGCCGGUUCCUCCACAUCGCCAAGGCGCAGCGGAAAUAUGCAGAUAAGCCGCUCACACAGUCCAACUCACAGUUGGACACCGGCAACGGGCCGGACAAGACCCUGACGGGGAAGUUCCGGAAGCUCGAUUACACCACCAAGAUGCUAGCCGUUGUGUGCACGGGCAUGCUUGUGCAACUUCUCCUAACAGUGGUCAUGUAUCUGGUCUCGCGCAAAUAUCACCCGUCGUUUGGUAUCCCCGGCACUGAAGUGACUGGAACUCCAGCGCAGCAAAAAGUCGAGAUGGGUAGGGGCUGGGAAUGGUGGCCUUCUGUAUUUUGGCAAUUCCUCUGGGCUUGGCUGGUCGCACCUGUGAUUCUCUGGAAAUCACGUGGAAUCCAGGACACUCAAGGGUGGCGCCUGCAGACCAUUGCAUGUUCUAUCGCAAGCCUUCACGCUACCCCUAUGUGGCUUGUCGCCUUGUACGUCCCAGCGAUGGCGCCCGUCAAUGCCUACUUCAUCCCCCCGCAGUGGAUCUGCCUCUCCAUCACCUUCAUUGAAAUCUUUGCGAUCUUCAUUCCCUGCUGGCAAGUCGUCAAGCAUAAGACUCUCAGACAGGAAACGCUUGAGUCCAUCGCUGUUUGGGAAGCCAAGAACAAGUCACGCGCCGGGAGAGACUCUGUCAUCACCGGAUCGACCAAAGUCGGAAGCCAAGCUUCCAUCAGUUGGAAAUCACUUGCGCAGCUCGAAAAGGACACCAGCCAAGCAGAAAGUGUCUACACGAUGGGCGCCCUCGAGUACGUCUUGGACAAGAACCCCGAGCCCCUCCGCAAGUUCUCUGCCCUCAGAGACUUCUCCGGCGAGAACAUUGCAUUCCUGUCAGCCGUUGCCGAAUGGAAGUCAUCAAUCCCUCAGAGCCCCGGAUCAUCACAUCGAUCGGCCGAGAUCUCACGGGAACGUUUCAACCGGGCCCUGCGCAUCUACACCGAGUUCAUCAGCCCUUACCACGCCGAGUUCCAGAUCAACAUCGCAUCACAGGACUUGAAGCGGUUAGAAGGCGUCUUCGAAGGCGCAGCUAGAAUAUUAUACGGCGACCGAACGGAGCGCUUCAGCGAUCCUGUGGUACCAUUUGAGGAUAACAGCUGGGGUGGACCUGAGUCAACAGCGGGUGGCUCUGAGAUGAGCUGCGUAUCACGAGAUGGCAGCGGAGACCCCAUUGCGGACCGGGUGCAGUACUGGGGCGAGAUUCCCGAGGCUUUCAACGCUGCUGUCUUCGACGACGCGGAGUCGAGCAUCAAGUACCUCGUCCUCACCAACACGUGGCCCAAGUUCGUCAAGGAGAGGAGGUACUCACUAGACUCUGAGGACUCUGGGGAGACGGUUGAGACAUUUCAAUCAUCGUCAACGCUGUCGUCACGGGUUAAGAAGUACUUCCGCACCAUGAAGGUCGUGGUAUGA